AUGAGCUUCGCUGGUCCCAUGCCGCUCAAGGCGGUGGCUCCCGUGCGCAUCGCCGGCUCGAGGUCCUUCGCCAAAUGUCAACGACGAUGUAUAGCGACGCAGGCCUCGCAAACACAAUCGCGGAGACCGUCAAUCGCACAGAGGCAACAACCGCACAAUUCGCAGUCAAUACGAUUCUUCCACGCCUCUCCCCCGUCCUUCGCCAUGGCCGAUCCGUAUCAAACCCUCGGAGUCGGUAAGAACGCAUCCGCCGCGGACAUAAAGAAGGCCUACUAUGGUAUGGCCAAGAAGUACCACCCCGAUACGAACAAAGACGCCGGUGCGAAAGAGAAGUUUGCCGCCGCACAAUCCGCAUACGAAAUCCUCUCAGACGCCGAAAAGAAGAAGGCCUUUGACUCCUAUGGCGCCGGUGCUUUCGAUGCGAAUGGCGGCUUCAACCCUGGGGCUAGCGCUGGAGGCCCGGGAGGAAACCCGUUCGGAGGAGGAGGCUUCGGUGGGUUUGGCGGGUUCGGUGGCGCCCAGGGUGCGGGCGGAUUCCAGGACAUCAAUUUCGAAGAUUUGUUCGGAGCUUUCACAGGUGGACGACGAGGAAGAGGCGGAGGCGGGAGAAGGAAUCCGUUUGAAGAAGAGAUCAUGGUUGGCGACAACAUUGAAGUACAGACAAACAUCUCGUUCUUGGACGCGGCCAAGGGUGUCAAGAAGGACAUACACAUUACCCCCAUGGCAGAGUGCGGGACAUGUAGUGGCAGUGGCUUGAAGCAGGGUGCCAAGAGAGCAGAGUGUAAGAGCUGUGGGGGCACUGGACAGAGGGUAACGAGCAUGGGCGGCUUCCAUAUGAGCGCAACUUGCUCAUCCUGCGGUGGAUCCGGGUUUGCGAUACCCCGGGGCUCGUCUUGUGGCACUUGUGGCGGCGAUGGAGCAGUCAAGGAGCGCAAGACCAUCACCAUUGACAUCCCUGGUGGUGUAGAAGACGGCAUGCGGUUGCGCGUUAACGGCGAGGGAGACGCACCACUCACGGGCCAUGCCAUGUCUUCUGGCACCAUCCGCGGCCAGAGAGGAGAUCUUUACGUCCUCAUUCGCGUAGCAGCUGACUCGAAGUUCAAGCGCAAUGGUUCGGACAUUCUUCAUACAGCCACCAUCCCCUUCACGACUGCUGUACUGGGAGGAGAGAUCAGGGUACCUACCCUCGAAGGUGAAGUCAAGGUCAAGGUCCCCACUGGAUCUGGAACAGGUGACCGCGUCACAUUGUCUGGCAUGGGCAUGAAAGUACUCUCCGGCCGACGAGGCGCCAAGGGCGAUUUGCGCGUUGAGUUCAAGGUCAACAUGCCGAAGUAUCUCAGCGUCAACCAGCGGACCAUUCUCGAGAUGCUGGCAGACGAGAUGGGAGACAACAACGCGCAACGCGUCAUCAACCCUGGAAAGAUGAAGGACCAACAUGGCAACAGUGUUGGGAACGAUCACUCGAAUGAGGGCUUUUUGAAGAGCGCAUGGCAUAACCUGACUGGGCAACAUAAGCACCUGGACCCAGAGGAAAGGCGUAAGGCGGAAGAAGACGAGAAGAAGCGAGGAUCUGGCUGA